AUGGCUCUCAGAGUUAUUGCAUUAUCUUGUGUUGUCUUCCUUCUCUCACUCAUAAGCUUCGCCGCAAUGGCUACUUCUGAGGAGAAGUGUACGUAUAUUGUGAGAGUUAUGACAGGAGAUGUCAAAGAUGCAGCAACGGACUCCACCAUCAGCCUCAACCUAAACAACUCUUCCGGCAAGGGCUUCACCGUCGACAACCUCGAAAACUGGGGCAUAAUGGAACCUGGUGACAACUACUUCACGCAGGGCCGCCUCGACGUCUUCAGCGGCACGGGCCCUUGUUUUAGUGUCUGCUCCAUCACUGUCAACUCCGACGGGACAGGGAAAUACCCAGGAUGGUACUUGGAUUGUGUGGAAAUCGCCGUCAUUGGAUGCCACAAACGCACCAAGGCAGCGUUCUCCGUGAACCAGUGGCUGUUCGGUGGCGACGGAUAUCAUCUCUAUGCCACCGUCAACUUAUACUCUGGCUUCUUUGUUUUGAGGCCCGCUCUUUCUUCCGUGUGA